ACUAAAUGUUAAACUAGGCCAGUUAUCAAAAUAUUGUGAACCUGUAAACAUACAAUCAAUACCACUAACUGUGUUUACACAUUCAAAACCAAAAAUAAAAGCAAAAUGGCGACCGUAAAAGCAAAAGUGAUAACUGGAUUACCGCUGCAUCAUGCGAUAUCUCAGGAAGCAUUAGGAGUUCAACUUUAUCAAAGAUUAAAAGCGAACUAUCACACUGAAUCACCAGCAAUGAUUAACGUUGUUUCCAAUGAAACGUUAUCAUUUCGUAAUUUAUUUGUUAUGACCUGUAAACUUGGCGAAUGGAUGCGUCGACAAGGUUUAACACAAAACGAUGUGAUUUUAAUGUGUUGUGAAAAUGUAAUGGAAUAUUUCGUGCCGGUUAUUGCUGCAAUGUAUUCGUGUAUUAUCGUUGCAAAUGCAAAUCCAGCAUACAGCGAAAGAGAACUUCAACAUGCUAUAAACCUUUCAAAACCAAAACUAAUAUUUUGCUCAAAAGCAAAUUAUGCAAAAUUUCACAGAAUAAGAAACUAUAUUAGAGUUAUCAUCCUUGACGAUGUUUAUGAACUUGUAAAGAGUAUUAAUAUUGAUCCAUUGCGAUUCAUUCCGAAACAUUGCAAUGUUUAUGACCAAACUGCUGUGAUUUUGUUUUCUUCUGGGACUUCCGGUUUGUUUAAAGCUGUGAUGUUGACGCAUCAAAAUUAUAACGCACGAAUUAAUCAGGCACAGGAUCCACGUUUAUCAACGACAACAGGUGAUUCUGUAAUAUUAUUUCUUCCAUUUUUCCACGCUUAUGGAUUUGCUAUAAUUCUAUCAGAUCUGUUUCAUGGAAAAUGUGUGCAUUUCAUGCACAAAUUCGAAAUCUCUUCAUUUCUAUCCGCUAUAGACAAGCACAAAAUAACAAUGUUACCAGUUGUACCUCCAGUGCUUAUAAUGUUGUCCAAAUCAGCUUUAACCUCAAAAUAUAACCUCACAUCCGUUGUUAAUAUUCUAUGCGGUGCUGCCCCCUUGAGUGCAGAAACUGAAGUAGCUAUACGCAAAAUAUUCCCGAAUGCAAUUAUCCGUCAAGGUUAUGGUCUCACCGAAGGAACAUUCGCUGCAACAUUGUUUUAUGCAAAAGAUUUAGACACUAAACAUGGAUCUGUUGGUACUGCAAUGCCAGGCACUGAGAUUAUAGUCCGUGAUCCGGAUACUGGUGCUUUAAUGGGCCCACAUCAAGUUGGAGAGUUUUGUAUCAAAGCACAAACAGUGAUGAAGGGUUAUUUAGGCAACCCAGAAGCCACUAAAAAUACAUUUACGGAUGAUGGAUUUUUACGUUCAGGAGAUAUGUGUUACUACGAUGAGGAUGGAUAUAUUUAUAUAGUUGAUCGAUUGAAGGAGUUGAUCAAGUACAAAGCCUUUCAGAUUGCACCAGCAGAAUUAGAAGCGUUGUUGGUAACGCAUCCGAAAGUAUUGGAUGCUGCGGUUAUAGGUAAACCGGAUGAUGUUGCCGGUGAAGUACCUUUAGCUUUUGUUGUUCCAAGAAGUGAAGGUGUUACUGAGCAGGAGAUUAUUAAAUUUGUCAAAGACAACGCUGCGGCGUAUAAAUCUUUAAGAGGUGGUGUGCGUUUUCUUAAAAGUAUUCCCAAAAGUGUGAGUGGAAAGAUUUUAAGAAGAGAAUUGAGAGAAUUGAUUAAAACACAAUCACAUUUUUGUUCAGUAAAAGUGUGUUACAAAGUAAAUACUGCGAUGUCUGUUCUUGCAAACAAACCAUUUGGCAGUUUAAUUUAUGAAUUGCUAAGAAAACAUGUGGAAACUUCCAAAGAUAAAGUUGCAUUUAUUAACGUGGAGAAUAAAACCCAACUUUCAUAUAAAGAGAUUGUGGAAAAAAGUGCCUCAGUUAUUAGCUUGCUGACUGAUAUGAAAUCGUUGGAAUGCAUUGAUCGUGUAGCGAUUUGUUCCGAAAAUAAUCUGAAUUACUUCAUUCCAGUUUUGGGCUGUUUAUAUCUGGGUUGCCCGAUUGUGAACAUAAGUCACACCUACGCAAAAAUUGAAUUGUUAAAUGCAUUGAAUACAACAAAGCCAAGUGUUGUCUUUUGUUCACGUGCAAUGUUUGCAGUGAUUUCUUCUGUUUGUGUUGAUAAUAAUUUAGAAUUUGUCAAGAAAAUAAUAGUUUUGGAAGAUAUUGAUUAUUCUGAUGCUAAUAAUACAAAACCGGAUAUUGUGGAACUUGAUAAUCAUGAUUUGGUGGCUGCAAUGAUGUUUUCUUCAGGGACCACUGGAUUGGCAAAGGCAGUGAUGUUAAAACAUGAAAAUAUUUCUUAUUUUUACAAUCAAUUUCAAGAUGAAAACUUGUUAUUAUCGCACGUUUUGAAUACAUUAGUAAUAGUGCCGUUUUCGCAUGCCUACGGAUUUAUAAUGACUUUAGUUUUACUUGCAACCGGUAAAACUGUCAAAUUCAUGACGAAAUUUAACGAAGAUAUAUUUUUGCGAAGCGUUGAAGAAUAUCAAAUUGAUUCUUUGACAUUAGUGCCGCCAUUAAUGGUUUGGAUUGCAAAAAGUCCUAAAGUUAAUGAAUAUGAUUUAUCUUUGGUUAAAUAUAUUGUUUCUGGAGGUGGACCUCUUGCUGAAAACGUGAUUGAAGCAAUUACAAAACGUUUACCAAAUAUUACUAUUGGUCAAGUAUAUGGAAUGACAGAAGUAACUCUAGCUGCAACCUGCACACCUCUUGAUUAUAACCCUGCAAAAGCAUUUUCCGUAGGUAAAGCUUUACCAGGUGUUAAAAUUGCAAUUCGUAGCACAUCGCUUGUUGCUGAAACAUUUUUGGGUCCUAAUGAAAUUGGAGAAGUAUUAAUGAGUGGGCCAAUAGUAACAAAAGGCUACUAUAAAAAUACCGAAGAAACUGAGAAUACUUUUCUUAAUAAUGGUUAUGUUGCAUCUGGUGAUUUAGGUUAUGUUGACAACGAUGGAUAUUUAUAUAUUGUUGAUAGGGUAAAGGAUUUGAUAAAGUAUAAUGCUUUCCAAGUUCCUCCAGCUGAACUGGAGGGUUUACUUUUGACUCAUGGAGAUGUUAUUGAUGCUGCUGUGGUUGGGUUAAAAGAUGAUACUCAUGGUGAAUUACCUUUUGCUUUUAUUGUUAAGAAAGCAAAUAGUGAGUUGACAGCGAGUGAUUUACAGGAAUUUAUUCAAAAACUUGUUUCAUAUCCUAAAUACCUCAGAGGUGGCGUUCAAUUUGUUGAUUCAAUCCCAAAAACGCCUGUUGGAAAAAUUCUACGACGUGAAUUACGGGAUUUGAUAAAUCGUGUUAUUGUUUAAUUAAUUAUUUGUUAAGUUUAUUAUAUUUUGUUUACAGGUGUUGGUUAUUUGGGCUAAAAAACAAAUAUUAAUAAUAAAAAUCACGUUUUUGUGUA